AACAAACACACCCAAUCUUGCUCCUUCCAGGGGUGAGGUCAACCUGUACAUCGAUCGAUGUGCUUGGUAUCACCUGUCCAUCUAGCCUCUUGACACCCGAGUUGGAUAUUCAAGUCCCUUACCAUCUUGUUGAAAAGCUAGGACGGGCGUCUCAAGGGCCUGAUUCGGCGCCCCCCGUCAAAGAUCCAAACACACUGCCUUGUCAAGUGCCCUGUCGACCACCGACGAGUCUCCGCGCAGCGACUUGAAUGCGAGAGCAGGAUACGCACCGGCAUGUGGUCAUCAAGAUCAUGCGGUGACUCACGGACGAAAACGGCGCUCGGUUGUCGGCUGCGGACCCGGCGCUUCCCCGCGCGAGCGAGAAGGCAUGCGCAGCAGCCGAUACCCGGGGCCUAGUUCUGUUGAUGGCGUCGUUGCAUCCGCUAGACCAGGCACAGACGGUGGAUGGGACUAAGUGGAUCGUCCGACGGUGCAUACCGUGCACAGCCAAGAGCCACUGGUGUCUUGAUACCCGCGGAAGGAUAUAUGAGGAGGGAGGUGGGGGGAGCUGGAAAGUGCGACGGGCGGCGUAAAAGUUCCGCACACGAUUGGUUGCCAUAGUGCACCUCCAUUCAGUAACGUCGGCCGGCGGAGGGAGACCGACAAUCUUCUGCUCUUCCUCUUCCUCUUCCUCCUCUUCCUCCUGCGUCGUCUCUCGUCCUUCCCUCACUACUUCCGCCACGUUUUCUCUCCAAGCUUUGUCUUGUUAUGUCGUCUUCCUCAUCUGUCCAAUCCAGGGCGAGUUCAUCCGCGUCUUCCACGACCCGCUCGCUCUCAUCCUCGUUCUCCUCCUCGCGCCCCGCGUCUUCUUCUUCCGCACGAUCCAUAUCGCCUUCCGCUCUCUCUUCAUCUGCCUUACAUUCGUUAUUUAUCUCUUCUGCUUCACUUUCAAAAUCUUCUUCCUCGGCGUCUUCCUCGACGCUUUCGGUAUUCUCGUCGACUGUCGCGAUUCCUUCCUCGACGCUCUCAGUUUCUUCCUCGUCGGCGUCCAUCGCACCUCCGACGCUGUCGGUGCUCCCUCCGACCCAGAUCCCCGCUCCCAUCGAAUCCACGUCACGUCCAAACAAGACGACAAGGACGAUCAUCGCCGCGUCGAUCGCGGGCGCCGUCGUGCUAAUCCUCGCCGCCGCCCUGAUCGCCUUCCUCGCUCUCCGCCGCCGCCGCCGCGCGCAGAAGCCGACCAUGAUCCACCUCUGGGCACCCGACGAGGAGGAGAAGACGCUCGACCUGUCCGCGCGGUCUUGGACGGAGGACCGGAACAAGGCAGCAGGCGCGGAGUGGACGCCUCCCCCGACGCCUGGCUUCCCGGGCGUUGCGUUCCCAGGUGCCCCCGCCGCUGCCGCUGCCGACCCGUCCCCCUCCGGACCGCGGCCGUCGACCUCGCGCGCGUCGAUCGUCUCCGCGGCCCGCAGCGCGCGCACCACGGGCCCCGCGGCCCGGGGGAGCACGGCGAGCCUCAAGACGCCGCACUACACGACGCGGCAUCUGAGCCUGACGGCGGGCACGCACGGCUUCGGCCAGGACCUCGCGUGGCGCGACGCGCACUACGAGGAGGUGCUCCCCGUCCCGGACGCGUUCGCCGUGCCCGAGGUGUUGCCCGUGCCCGUGCCUAUGCCAAAACCCGCCACGGUGGUGGCGGCGGCGUCUGCGGAGCUGCCCGUCGUUGGCGUGGUGGUGCCGCCCACGCCGGGCCGCGUACCGCACCAGGACAUGCCGCAUCACCCGACCGCGUUCCAGGGAUCGAUGGCGUCGUCGGUGUCCUCGCGAUACUCGACCGUGUCGAUGCCGGACUCGGGAGCGGGGCGGCGUCUGUAGAUGGAUCAACGGAAGUGAAAUAUAGAAUUACCAGUGUAAUAUCGUAUUUUCUCCUCGUAAUGACCUAUGGUCUGCGAGUAUCAGGUCCGCGGAGAUCUAGUCUGAGCAGAGAGACAGAAGUUCAGAUAUGUAUGUACUCUCUCUCGCAGAUAUGCUCGCUGAUGUGUUGCAAGUACGGCGCAUGUUCCAGGUCCCCGUACACGAUGCGAUACGGAUAAAGGAAGGGCAGUCUUCUCCUUGAUAUGUCGCGUGAUGGCCCCGUGCGCUCUUCAUCCAGGGCCUGUCCAUCGCGAGUGUCUGCGGAUCAUCUACAACCCGAAGAGCCCAAGAACAAUUGGGUGCUGAAAAAUACGGAAUCGCGUACAGCCCACUUCGUUCAGCAGAGGUGUUCAGUGCGGUCCAUAUUGACUUGAUUCGUCGCGUAGAUCUGUCCGCCCGGCAUCGGUAUUUUCAAUAUUCCCCAGACGCUCAAUGCCAUUUGGCAAAUUUGCUUUCUUACACAUGAAAUAAGAUCUCUGAACUUCUACGGAACGCUCGUGCGUUCUUGUCCGUUGCGAAUCGUACAACGGAUCCAAAAUGCUCAGCAGACAGGCACGCACAGCUGAUGCGGUCACUCCGCUUGGUUUUUCCUUCCGCACUCCGUCGCAUUCCAACUACAACCCAGCGAUCAAAUGGCGCUAGAUCCUGCGCAGUCGGACUCCCUACUCAGAAACGCAAAAGGACGCUUCCAGCCUAUAUCUUCGAUCGACUGAGUUACGGGAAACAAAGCUCAAAGUGCGUCGUUAGAGAACUGUGGACGACUAUCAGCCGGCCAGCAGACACUGGACACCAGUGCAUCCGCGUCGCAAAAGGUCCGAGGACAGUUGAUGCGGGUCAUGUGAUCCGACCAGACCGUAUCCGCUUUGGCCUUUCCACCAUCGAUACCCCGCAGUGGAACCGAAACGCAACAAUCAAGGAGGACAUACAUAAAUACUGCGUCUAAAUACUACAUUCAAUGCGACGAUGCAUCACAACGGAUUAUUCCGGAUGGCCAGCGACGCGCGAUCGUCGCCGUCUCACACCUCCAGAAACGAAGUCUGCGACGGAACAGACUGAUGUUGGAGCUGCUGGUUGCUGCGCGCAGCGAGGAUAUCGACCCGCGGCCGCCAGACGGCCGACCCGGAUCGCGUCCGAUGGGCCGCGGCCGGGCUGUCCGGACCCACGACGAGUUCGGCGCUGUCGGCAUCUGAUGCGGACAGCCGCGUCGUCGUCCGGGCGAGGGGGGAGUACACAGUGUACGGGUAGUGGGGGUAACGGGCGGCAGAGGACCGGCUCUGCGAUCGCAGGUGCGUCAGCUCAGGCAUGCUGACUGGGCUCUGCAGCGGGAGAUUUGGCGGACGGGGGCGGUUGGGGAGACUGGCGUAGCUGGGCGUAUUGCUGUCAUGCGAGGCUGGACUGCGCGCAGUUGCUGCCCAUGUCGUCCGGUCGGUGCUGUGCGGGAGCCCGGGUCCGGCGGGUCGAUGAGGUAGCCGUUCGCGUGCCUGGGACCCACGGCGGCGGUAGAGGACGACACAGACGACGAUGACGAGGAAGAUGAGUGCUGCGCCCCCGAUUGCACCGCCCAGCUCUGCGCCGAGGAGCUCGGGUGUGGCUAGGAGCCGUGGAGCGAGCAUGGCCCGGGGCCAUACACGAUGGGCGGGAGCCGUGUUGAGAGAGCGCCUGGCCGGGUGGUGCGAAGAAGGUGAGUUAAAGACGGUGACGAACGGGAGAGCAUACACACCUCGUCAGAGCAGCGUAGACAGAGUCACAGCAGAUACCAUCGCGGCGAGCUGCUGUUUCAGACGUUUUACCCCGAAGACACAGCUCCGGAAGUGAUUGGAGCUGACGACAGACUGGGCCUACGUCAGAGCGCUGUUCUGCUGGAGAAAAAGAAGCAGACGGACGGGUAGGAACCGACACGUCACCGCUAUCCAGUGAGAGUUUGUUGCACGGUUUGGGAAGCUCAUCAGCAGAGCCAUGAGAUGCCAACCCGAGAAGCAUCUCUCCGGAACAUGGUCGGUGGACCGCCAGCCUGUUUCUGUCUAUAAGGAUGAAUCGGGGAGGAGCCGGUGCAAUGGAGCAGCGCACUGAGAACGGCGGCGCGAUCCUUGGCUGCCGCUGGCUCUCCUGCUACUAUGCAGACGAGGGGGUCGCCUUGAUCUAGCCCCCGGUGCAAGUUCAGUGACAGAUCCGACUCCGGGAACUUGGCCAAUGCCACAAAGCCCCCGGAGUCUGCCGAAGAUUGGCGCCAUGAGGGGGAGGGGAUGCAGCUGAGAAGCAGGGCCGUACGUGAACUUAUACAUACCAUUCAUCCCGUUCUCAGUGGCUGCCUUCGCGCAUCCACUUCGACAGACACUUUGCACUGUGCACUGUCGCACCCGGCGCAUGGCGAUAUGUCAUGGUGAUAUGUUCUCGUCUACUCGUCGUCUGCCCAACACAAGCGCGGGGCGGAGCGGGG